AUGGUUUUAGAUUAUGCAAAAGAUGGAAGUUUACGAAAUUAUUUAGAUAAAGAAUAUGGUAAUCUUAAUUGGAAUAAAAAGUUUGAUUAUUUACGACAUAUUAUAACUGGACUUGAAUGUAUUCAUGAAAAGGAAUUAAACCAUCGAGAUUUGCAUAUUGGAAAUAUAUUAAAGCUUAAAUAUAAAACUGCCAUAACUGAUAUGGGAUUAUGUAAACCUGCAAAUUAUAAUGCAUUAGAAAAUGCAGAAAACAGCGUAUAUGGUGUUUUACCUUAUAUAGCUCCUGAAAUUUUAAGAAGACAAAAUUAUACCAAAGCUGCUGAUAUUUACAGUUUUGGUAUAAUAAUGUAUGAAUUAAUUUCUGGAUUGCCCCCAUAUUAUGAUUUAAAACAUGAUAAUAAUUUAGCUAUAAAAAUUUGUAAUGGACUUAGGCCAAGGUUUAACAUUAAAGUACCACAAUUAAUUGUGCAUUUAAUUAAAAGAUGCUUGGAUGCCAAUCCAUUAAAUCGACCAAUAGCAAAAGAAAUAACCAAUAAUUUACGAAGAUGGCAAAAUGAAUCAAACGAUAAACAAAUAAUAGAGUUACAAGCACAAAUUAAGGAAGCAGAUGAAAUAAACAACAAUUCAUUAAAUAGCAUUAUACCUUCAUCUAAUUUAGGGAUAUCAUAUAACACACAUGCAGAAGCUAUUUAUACAAGUAGAUUACUCGAUUUUAAUAAUCUUCCAGAACCAAAAAAUUCCGACGAUUAUUAUAAACAAAAUGAUGAUAUAAUAAGCAAGGAAUAUUCAGAAUCGUUACAACUUAACUUUUCUCAAUUGAAUAUUAAUAAGAGUGAAUCAUGUCAAAUCGAUAUUUCUCAGUUGAAUAUUAACGAGAAUGAAUCAUGUCAAAUCAAUAUUUCUCAAUUGAAUAUUAACGAUAAUGAAUCAUGUCAAAUCAAUAUUUCUCAGUUAAAUAUUAAUGAGAAUGAAUCUUCUCAAAUCAAUGUUUUUCGAUUGAAUGAUAAUGGAGAUAGUCAAAAUAGCAAAUCGGGAAGUAAAAGAAAAAAUUAUUUCUUAAGUCAAAAUAACGAAUCUGAGAGUGAAAGAAAAAAAAAUAGAAUAGAAUAAAGUUAUAAUUAUGUAUAUCCUUAUUUAGUUUUAUGCUGCUAUACCGAGUUUAAUUAUAAAAUUAUUAUUUUUUUUCAAAAAAAUUUGCCAUUAUAAUUUAAAAUUCUGCUUAACAUCG